UAGAUCUAGAUCUAAAUGCUUUGCUUUAGAACAUCAUAGUUAUAGUACUAUAAUUAUAGUAAUAGGUUGAAGUUUAAGACUUUUUCAUUUUCUUGAAAUAUUUUAACAGAUGGCAGAUCUACUCAUUCCAGGAUGCAACAUAGAAAAUAUUGUUUUAUGAUAUGCACAACUGUUCAAGUAAAUUUUUAUAAAGAUUUAAAUCAUAGUUUAUAAAUAGUCAGUCAGCUAUGACUGGAAAUACAGAAGACAUAAAAAGUGAAAAUGAAUUACUUGUGGCAACCCAGCUUCAAAAUGAAAUUCUUGGAUGUGAUAUGCUAUGGAGUCUGUUUGUAGCAGCAGCCAGGAGCUACAGAUUCACUUCAAUUUUGCACCCAUUUCCACCCAUGUACUCCACAAACAACGAAGAAGAGAAGAAUAUGUUUGGACUGAAAGAUGCUAUUUCAAGAGUUCCAGCUUUAUCUCCAAAUUCUGAAUUUUUAUUGAACAUGGACAAAGAUUCUCAAAAACUGCUGUCCUGGGUUCUUCAGACAAAACACUUCAAAUUAAAACUCUGUGAUAAAGAAAAUGGUUUCAAAACUAUCAAGGAACUCACUGGACAGGUAAUGGAUACAUCUGAACCAAAUUAUAUUUUUGAAGUUAUCCCUAGUGAAGAGCGAGAUAAUAAAUUCAAGCUUUUGCAAGGCUCAAGCAAGACAUUUUAUGCAUAUCAUGGCAGUCGGUUAGACAACUUCUAUUCUAUCCUACACAAUGGCCUUAAUGCUCAUUUGAAUAAAGUCUCUGUUUUUGGAGAAGGCACCUAUCUCUCUAGUGAGCUUUCUGUAUCUCUUAUCUAUAGUCCUACUGGUGAAGGAUGGAGGAGCAGUGCCCUGGGGGUCAAACUUUCAUGUGUAGCUGUCUGUCAGAUGAUUGACCAUCCUAGUGUUAAGUGCCAGAUAAAAGAGGGAACAGCCACACAACAGAAACAACGAGCCAGAGCCUCCAGAAUAACAGAUGAUGUACCAGAGAAGUACUACGUUGUGCAGAACAAUGAUGUUAUUCGUGUUAAAUACUUACUUGUCUAUAGGGAAAAUGUUGCUCCAGCAGUAUCCACAAACAUGUCAUCUUCCCACUCAUGGCUAAGAGAAUAUAGGUUUCCAUUGCUAAUGUUUGCUUAUUUUAUGUUGCUAGCUGCAAUUGGAUUAGCCAAUUCAAGACAAGCUGUUAAUGCUCUUACAAGACUUUACAAAACUUUAAAAUUUACAUAGAAAAACACAUGAAACAAAAUAAUAAUUAAAAUAUGAAGUUGAAAAUCCCAGUAACAAAAAUAUUGAAUUUGUCAUAGAAUUUUUUCAGUCUACGCUAGUAAUAAACAAUCCCAUAGAAUAAAUUGAAGUCAUGUCUGAUUUAAGGGUCAAAAUAAUGCAUAAUUUGUACUACUUUACUUUUUUUAAAAAAAUGUGAUGUACAACAUUUUAGCCUCUAGUGAAAGAAAUUCUUUACUAUGACAGAUAUUUUUUUUUUGUGUAGGCCUACACAAGUUGUAAUAAUGAAUUUAAAUAUAUUAUUCAAAUUUAAAAACAUAUUUUUCUUGUUUUUUUUUUUAAAUCCAUGAUCAAUUUCCCUCUAUUUUGGGCAAAAUACCAUGUGACUAUACCACAACUGUGAUUCCACUGUAUAAAAACUCCUUUUUUAUCUUGACUAUUGUUUAUUGAUGAAAUCCAUUUAUUUUAUAUAUUUUAAUGAAUACAUCAUUUAAUUUAACUUUUUAAAUCAGAUUUUAUUACAGGUAUUAUAACUUAGCUUUUGAACUGUUAUAAUUUUUAAGAAGGUACUUAUUUAUGGUCACUUUAAUUUUUACUAUAAAAUUGGUGCAUAAUACAGGUGUGUUCUCUUUUUGUUUUUGCUCUGAACAAGUGUGAUUGGGUUUUUUUUUACUCUAGUUGAUAUGAGCCUGAAUUCCCAUGUUAAAAUUAUGUUUAUUUUCAUUUUUAAUGCAGUUUUUUUUCUUUUAACGCCAAGAAUUUUUUGUUGCUGUUAUAAAUUGUAUUAAUGUUGUGUUUGAUUUGACAUGUUUUACAAUUAAUCCACCUGGUUUCUUGCAUUGUUCUACUAAACUGACACUUUAUGUUACAGUAAUUAUUGAGCUUGUCCAUAUUAAUGCAACACCUGCUUUACAUGAUGAAAACACAUUUAAAAUCUAGAACAGGCCUUGGCUGAAAAGGUUUGAGCCAUUUUAUACAUAAUCAAUUUUAAUUAAGAGAAUGGGUCCAAAAUAUUGUUUAAAGAACACUUUUUUUAAAAAAAGUUAUAAAACAUGUUAUAAAAAGUAUAAGUUUGUGUAAAAUAUUCAUUUUUUUUUGUCCAUAGCUUUUACCCAUUAUCUUGUGCUGGUUUAUCAGCAAAGCACUGUAGACUAGAUCAUUUGUGUUACACCCCCUCCCUAAAGUCUUAUUGCUAUUGGCUCUAACCUGCUUUUUUUGCCUCACUCUCAUUACAAAAUUUUAAAUUAUAUAACAAUUAUAUGUACUUAAAAAUAUUGGUUUAUUAGUAUCGAAAGGUUGUGUAGGCAUAUAUAUAUAUAUAUAUAUAUAUAUAUAUAUAUAUAUAUAUAUAUAUAUAUAUGACAUUUUUAAAAACUCUCCCUCAUAACAAAAUCCUGCAUAUGCCACUUCAUGCUUUUUUAUUUUAAAAAUAUUACAUUUAUAUAUUGUAGUAGAAAAAGGGAAGUAUAACUCUCAGAGGAAUUAAAAAUUUUAAAGCACAUCAGGAUUGUUUUUGUAAAAUGAGCAUUUAAUAACUCUCAGGUUGAUGCUAACAUUGUUGUUGUUAUCUAUGCAAUUUCACAUCAAAUAAAAACAAAUUUGACAGGAA